AUUCAAUAUUCGAAUUUUGAAAUCGUUAACGCUUCUUCAGUCGUGUUUGUUACGAAUUCAAGUUUCUUUGUGAGUUUCUAGAAAACUGAGCAAAGUAAUUGUUGUGUAAACAGCGUUAUUGUAUCUCCAAGUUUAGAGAUAUCUUGAAAAGUAUUUGGUUUCUUUUAAAACAGCUAAUUGUUUGCAUACCGGUUGUUUGAAAUUCUGUGACUGUCAUCAUGUCUGGAAGAGAAAUUUAUUACUCUGAGAAAUAUUACGAUGAAGAACACGAAUACAGGCAUGUAGUUCUUCCAAAGGAGAUGGUGAAGCUGGUUCCCAAGAACCAUUUGAUGUCGGAGCAGGAGUGGCGCGGUAUUGGUGUGCAGCAGAGCCAAGGGUGGGUGCACUACAUGACACAUCAACCUGAACCUCACAUCCUGUUAUUUAGGCGAAAGAAAGAAAAGAAAUGAAGUGAAUAGAAAGCAGGUGGCGCAAGGUGUAAAUGUAUAGUUUUUACUGAUAUUAGGAUUAAUACUAGCUUUAAUUGAUAACGCCCAUCCAACCAAUUAUGAAUCUCUUAAUUUUCAGACAAAUAUUGUUGAAUAAAAGACAAACAGUAACUAUUAACUAUGUAAUGAUAAAUGUUUGAUACCUGGCUGAUUCAUAUUUGUAAAUUUUUAAGGAUUCAAUAGAAAUGUUUCAUAAUAUUAUGUCUAAUUGAUUUGUGUUUAAUAUUUUAAUUAUUGAUGAUCACAUUACCAGCAUAUUCAAAAUUUGAUUCAUAAGAGUUGGUCAAAAUUUGUUCACUUUUAUGAUUUCAUAUUUCAAUAAUGCAGUAAGUUGACUCUUGUUAGUUCGAAAAUCGAUGUUUGGGUUGUCCAAUUUCUGGUACUUACCCCUGCAAACUCGGAGAUAUUUCUGUCCCAUUCUCUCUGCAACUUUCAAUUAUCGAGAGUUUGACGCUGAUGAGUUCCAAUAAGUCAUUUGGUCAGCUAUGACUUUUUGUUUGAAUUACCGAGUGCAAAAAAGUGCACAAAAUUGAGUUUGAAAUAUAAAUAAAUUUUCUAGGGGCCUUGUAAUAAUAACUACAAAUUACUAAGAAUUACCGAGAGUUGACUGUAUUAUUUUUGACAUUAUAAUGUUACAUGUCUGGGACUCUCAACUAGCACAGUAUAGUACCUACUAUCAAUAUAUGGGCUUCUCUGAUCUUCAUUCCAUAAUUAUUAAGUUUUGCCAAAAGAAGCAUGGAUCUAGAU